AUGUCUUUAGUAACAACCACCACCACAAACUCUAAAUAUGUACAAUUACUCGACAGCAACGAAUUAAAAUUGUCAGUUGAUGAAAAACCAACAACAACAACUCUAGCGACACCUGCAGCAAGAAAAUCAUCAGUAUCAUCAGUAUCAUCGGUAUCAUCACAAUCAUUAAUUCCACCACCUAUUUCAUCACCUCUAAAGUCAACACAACCUAUAUUGUUUAAACCAACAACAACAACAACAGGCAAUAUUAUUAAUAAUAAUAAUAGUCUCAAUCCAGUAUUUAAAAUCAACACUAUAGUUACAGCAGGACCAACAUUUUUAUCAGACAAUGAACAAAUACAUGAUCAACUACUAUCAAACAAUAAUCAAACUGGUGACAGUGAUUUUGAAGAUCAAGAUGUUUUAAAUGUAUCAACUACAAUAGAUAUACCUCUACAUUCAUCGGCAUCUUCAAUCAAUACUUCUUCUUUUCCACUGUCUUCUCCUCAAAAUAUUUUAAUUGGUGCACCAAUUACUUCAACCACAUCUACUAGCAGUAAUAACUUGAUUCAACCAUCGUCGUCAUCAACACAUCAAACAACCAACAAUAAGGGAUCAGUAUUAAAACAAUCAUCAGUUAGUAUUACCAGUAAUAGUAGUAUACUAAAGGCUUCUGGAGGUUUAAGAAAGAGUAGGGCAGACUUGCCUCAUCGUCACCAUCAUCCUCUUAAUCUUAGUAUAAUAUCUGACGAUCAUUUGGUUCUAGCAACCUCAUCUGAUUAUUUCCCGCCACCAUCGUCGUCGUCUAGUAGCGUCCUUAGAUCUGGAGCACCAUUAGCAGCCAUUCCAUUGGUUUCACUCAAAAAGAAGAGUGAAAGAAAGAAAAAAUCGGCUCUCGAAGAGGUCAAAUACGGUGAAGAGGAUGGAGCAGGACCAACCACUGUUGACGAUGAGGACGACGCAGAGGAUCAAGAGUUUGUUGGAUAUGACCAGGAUGAUAUUGAACAACAACAACAAGCAUUGGAUAUUUUAAUGGAAACUGACGAGGUUAUCCUCAUGGAUCUGCCCCUCCAUCGUCGACUAUGGGAGAAAAUUAAACCUCAUAUGGGCAUUGUCUAUAUGGUUUUCUCUGCCUUUUUAUUUUCUCUCUUGGCCCUUUUGGUAAAGUUAACCUCUAGCAGUGUAUCGUCACUCGAGAUUGCUUUUAUUCGUUCAUUCUAUGGUCUUAUUGGUUGUCUCAUCAUUUUGGGUUCAAUGAAGGUCAAUCCACUGGGUGAUCCCUCCAAAAGAGUAUUUUUAACUGUUCGUGGUUUCACAGGCACAAUGUCAUUGACAGCCUAUUUCUACACGCUUUCUGUACUCCCUCUAUCCGAAGCAGUAUGCAUCUCUUUUACAAGUCCCGUCAUCACUGCUGCCCUUGCUGCAAUCGUUCUCAAAGAAAGAUGGGGUAUUGUCGAGGCCAUAUGUGCCAUCUUAUCCCUCGUUGGUGUAUUUAUUAUUUCAAAACCUCCAUUCUUGUUUGGUACUCCAACGUAUAAUGAAUCAUUACCAGGUCAUUUAAGAUUAAUUUAUAUAUUAAUAGGAUUAGGAGGAGCCUGCUUUUCAUCAUUUUCAUUUGUAGCUGUUAGAAAGAUUGGCCCAGGUACCAAUCCAUUUGUAUUGGUACUUUAUUUCUCGAUUACAUCUUGCGUUGUGCUUCUUCCAUUGACAUUGUUAACUAAAAAGUUUACAAUUCCACAAGGAACCACAUGGAUCUGGCUCUCUGUACUAAGUAUUAUCGCACUUGGAGCACAGGGUCUAGUCAAUAGAGGCAUUCAACUAUUAAAAGCAGGUAAAGCAGCUUCGAUCAAUUAUAUUCAAAUCGUUUUCACUUUCUUUUGGGAGGUUUUGGUUCUCAAGGAAUCUGUGGACGUUUGGACCCUUUUAGGGGCAGCUUUAAUUUUGUGUUGUGCUGCUAUCACUGCUUUCAGAAAAUAA